AUGAAUGCUCCCGCGGUUACUGACUUUGGGGGCACUAUAAGGAGUUUCAGUAAGGGUCUAGAGAGGAGAAUAAUUAGUAUAAAAGGCCCCUCGCAAUCCCUAGAUGUCCCUCUUCUUUCUUACACCACCACGCUCAAAACCUUCAAUCCUAUCAUUACCAACCAAACAAACACUUUACCAAACCCCCAACUCCAAACACCAAAACUAUCAAAAUGGGUGGAUGCACUUGCGCUUCUUGCUGCUCCGGAUCCUGCUCCGGAUCCUGCUCCGGAUGCGGAACUUGCAGCCACUAAAUCACCACUCUUUAUCUCCCACCCUCCGCCUUCAAUCGAUACCCGCCCAUAA